ACAGAGUCCGAUCCCUGCGCGACAGGUUUGAUGAGACUCCGGCGUCUGCGAGCCCUACAACUCACUCCCCGGAUAUCUAUGCACCUGUAGGACGUUUUUCACCUGGCCGCCGGACGCCGCCUCACGGCUCUCUCAGGACUUGAGGCAUCAGUACGGUUCGAGAGGGAAUUGUGACGCUAGAUUGUAAAGCAACUCCGAAGGAACGCGCUGAACACAGCGACGCGCUUCAGCAUUAAGUUUCUGCGCUCGUCCGUUAAAGGAAACCAGAGGAACCGCGUAGAAGUUGCAUCUGACUAUCUUGAUUUAUUUGCGUUGCGACUCCGAGCUGACUGAAGUCUCGAGAGGAAAAUCGACAAAUUGUUAAAGGUGGACUGUCCACCCUUCCCUCCGAUGAACAUGUCGGGACUGUUAAGCGCACUCAUUCUCCUAGUUAUUCAAGGAGCGUUGGCUCAACGAGUGAGGGUGGAGCCAGAAGUCGUGUCAUAUCCUGGUCAAACAGUGACAAUGCGAUGCCAGUUUCCGAACCCAGGAGAAACACAGCUCACUCAGGUGUCUUGGAUCUUUGAAAGGACUGACACGGAACGAACCAACAUUGCAGUUUUCCAUCCAAACUUUGGGGUGAAUUACCCAACAAAAUCCCCUGUAGCAGGACGUGUCCGAUUUAUAUCAGAUCCGCCCACUUUGGACAACCCAUCCAUUCAGAUCAGCAAUGUGAAGAUGACCGAUGAGGGCAGAUAUAUCUGUGAAUAUGCCACCUACCCUUCUGGCAAUGAACAGGGCGUCUCUUCGCUGGUCAUGUUGGCUAAACCGAAGAACAUGGCUACACCUGUCACAGUUACUGCCGGCCAAUCCCCAGUAAUCGUGGCACGCUGUGAAUCAUCCAAUGGCCGUCCGGCAGCGACCAUUUCUUGGUCCACGACGCUUAACGGAAAUGAGACGACACCGAUCAUGACGGAAAAUCCGGAUAAUACAGUCAGCGUCCAGAGUGUCUACAUGCUGGCUCCACAGCCGUCGGAUAAUGGCAAAGACAUCAGCUGCAUGGUGUCACACCGUACUAUGCCACAAACCGAGACCUUCCCGAUGAAACUUGUUGUUGAAUAUCCUCCCCGAGUGCAGAUCAAAGGGUACGAUAAUAACUGGUACAGGGGUCGGACCAGUGCAUUGUUGACCUGUCAGGCAGAUGGAAACCCCAUCCCUACCACCGUCACCUGGAAAACAUUGUCCGGAUUGAUGCCUGAAACAGUGCAGGUGCAGGACAACAAGCUCAUUGUGCAGAAAGUGGACGACACCAUCAACACCACAUUCAUCUGUGAGGUCAAAAACAGUUUGGGAUACGGAAAGGAUCAGGUCACCGUCUUCGUGAGGGAACAACCACCUCCCCCCUCAAAUGCGGGCGUGAUCGCAGGCGUGAUCUUCGCAUGUAUUCUGGCCGUCAUACUGUUAGGUGUCCUCAUCUACUUCCUGGUAUUCCAUAAUCGCCGCCAACAGCAUGGUUACCGUGGCACCGGUAAGCCAGCCGGUGCUCCCUACGACUCCUUUACCCGCCUCUUCGGAUCUGGCAAAUCUAGCAAAAACGGCACCGGAAACAACGGAAACAACAACACGCCCAUUUACAGAGGAGAGGUGGGGCUUAACGAGAAAACGGCCAAUCAGGGAAUGCACCCGGGGGGCGUGGCUCUGCUUGAGACCACACACACCCACACAGCGGAGGAUAUCCUGCUCAGUAGAGAGAUGGACGAGGUAGAAAGGAAGAAAUUUGAUGAAUUAGAAGAAGAGGACGAGCGGUAUGAUCAUUUUGGUGGGGGUGGACCCAUCCUACAGCUCCGCCCACACGACGAUGACCUAGAUGAUGACAUGGAGUCCCAGAGGGAUGGCUCCGUGAUUUCUCGGACUGCAGUCUAUGUGUAAGAGGAGUACAGAAAGAGGUUCUAGGAGGGUGUUCGUGGACCUCUUCCAGAAGGACUGAAUUGCUUCCUCUUAACGAAUUUUAUCAUUUUAUUGUAAAAACAAAUUAUGGCAUCAAAUACCAUGAGAGAAGGAUUAAUGGAUGGAUUGAGUUAAUGAAUGGAUGAAUUAAUACGCUGGAUAUAGCACAGAUUAAAACAUUGAAGGAUCGGGUGAAGUAAAUAGAGACUACUAAAUACAAAACUGUCAGGCUUCCAUUCCUAAUUAUUGCUCUGGUUGUCAUGGUGACACAUUCUGAGUAAUACGAAACUGCAGAUGAUGACACUGCGAGAUAUAUAUAUACGACAUGCACACACAUGAAGUUAUAUAUGUAAACCCACUGUGCUGUUGUGUAAUAGUUUUAACUUGUUCUUAUUUUCUAUCGAUCAUGUUUUCACACUUAAACCGGUUUCAAACUUGAUUCUCUCAGCGUGAGUCGAGUUUGGGUAGAGCACAUGCCUCUCGGCCCUACAUCUCUAUGGAAGCUGUCCUUUACGUGUUGUGUAGAUUUUGAAGAAGAGUCAAAUGUGCCCAGUGCUUUUGAUCUGCUAUACACUCAGAUUAAAUCAGUCGUGUCUAAUACUAAUAGCUAGCCACGCCUCCGUGGCCUUCCUUCCUGUAAAUUCAUCCUCACACGCUCAUCUGUCUCGAGAUGACAUGCACAGUUCACUCAUUAUACAGCACUCAGUAUCUCAAACCCGUGACAUGACUCACCAAUGAAUCAUUUGCUUUUUCAGGGCUAAUCAAAUCAAAUCAAACGUUAAUAAAUGUUCUCACCCACGAUUCAUUUAGUCAGGAAAAGAUGAGUUCAAGGCAGCGCUUUUUACCGUUUUCCUUGUAAAAUUUCCUCACGCGUUCAGUCGUAAAACAGUGCAGCAGACCGCUGUAUCAAUAAACACAGCGAGUCGGGUCUGCAUCCUUUUUCACAGUAAACUUUAAACCCUGACAGAAAGGAAGAAUUCGACUAAAUUUACUGUAGUAUGUUACCGUUAAACUUAUAGGGAUUGUGUGCCACACAUUACACUUUAAAAUAUCGCUCAGUUUAUCAUUGGAUUGCAUUUAGUUAUCAAGAACCAACAAUACUUUUACAGCAUUUAUUAAUCUAAUUUAUAAAUAAACUGUCGUUCAUUAGUAAUGUUUGUACAUAAUACACUCGCUAAUGUUGAUUUAUGAUCUUAAAAAUGUCAAAAUUGUCAUUAUUAACCAACGUUAAUAAAUGCUGUGGAUUUAUUGUUAAAAGUCAGUAUAUGACGAUACCUAAUGCUUUAUCCAUUGCUAAUGAGUUUAAUCUUAUUGUACAGUGUUCUCAACAAUUCAUAUUUUUAAUUAUAACCCAAGUCCAGGGUUACCAUGGCCACACAGCUAAAUAUAUUUCUCCUCAGGCACCACAGUCCGCAUCGCACACUUGUUUUACUAUCAUUUCCAUCAACCGGUGAAAUACACUGCCUUGUUUAAAAGGAAAUAAAAUGAAGAAGCUAAUUGAAAGAUUGUGCGUAUUGUUCGAUGUGAGGUGAUUGUAAACUACUGUAUGUACACAUUUUAUUUUUCUUAAAAAUGAAAAAGUCUAUACUUGUAAUUGUUGUAAAUACGGAGACGGGGCGAGGUGAAUAUCCAGGUCGAAUGUUGCGUACAGUACUAUAUGAGAGCACAUAUCACAUUUUUACAUCUGUAAUCUAGUAUCAAAACACAUUCACAUGGGGAAGAUUUUUAUGAGGUGUAGUUGGGGUGUGUGUGUGUGUGUGUGUGUGUGUGUGUGUGUGAGAGAGAGUGAGUCAGCGUGUUAAGUGGUGUCUGACUCGAGGGCAGUGAGUUAUUCCUCCAGUCUCUCAGGGUCUCAAACACGAACACAGUGUGAUUUAAACUGGACAUCACACACACACACACACACACACACGUAUUCUUUCUCCCUCUAAAUCAUCUGUCAAACCAACUGCCCUUGAGUCUAUAAGUGUCCCUGUCUGUUCCCGAGCAUCAGAGGGCAUAGUGGGUACCGUAGUGUUGUUUUCCCUGGGCUUCCGUCUUGAUUCAGUGACCCUAUUAGUGCCACAUCUGGAUCAAUGGCACUGAAAGAAGUUGUUCUCACCUCUGAAAGGGUGGUCAGUCUGACACCGAACAGGCCUAGUUUACAUCCUGAUUGAAAGGUCAGAUCGCGAUCAGUGAAUGUGUGAGUAGAGGAAGUGAAUUCGUCACUCGUGCUCUGAGAGGCAGAACGCUUUAGCUCCUCAUUAGAGGAGAACGCACUGACCUUCUAGCUCAACGUCUCCUCCAGGAAUUCCGUAAUGAAGGGAACGGAUGCCUUGAGAAUAUUAAGGAAGCGUGGUGAAUAUGGGAUGUCGAUGGCGUCGUUCCUUGUUGUCUGGUUUAGAUGUUCCACGGUCCUGGUAAACACAUACACACGCACAUUUAAAAGCCUUAAUGUCACCGUCACAAACCAUCCCUCCUGUGUAUAUAGUAUAAAUAUAUAAACAUGAUAUUCAUAAGGCUAAACAGUGAUGCCACAUCCUUGUGUAUUGUACUUCACUGUUGUGAGCAUGAAGGAUACUUUUUUUUUUUUUUUUUUCUUUUUUUUUUAUAAUGCUUUAUAACGAGGUUCAAUUUGUUAGCAUUUUAAAUGCAUUAGGUAUCAUGAAAUAACAUUUUUACUGCAUUUAUUAAUCUAACGUUAAUUUAUAAAUAUAGGUUACUACUGAGUCAUAAUACAUUGGUUUGUUAAUUUAUACAGCUUGAAAUGUUAAAUAUAUUUGUAAAUGAAAUUAACAUUGAACUAAAUUUAAUAAAUGCAGAAAAAUGGUCAUUAUUUUGUUUCUUAAUGAAACGGUGUUAACAUAUUGAACCAUAUUGUAAAACGUUACUGAGUUAUAUAUUGGUUGAUUUUACAGUUUUUAUUUUCGCGUUUUUUAAAACGAUCUGUGCUUUUAAUUGUUUUUAUUCUGAGUGAUUUAUUGAUGCCUGUAACGUGUUUGUGCUAUAAACUGUUGAGCGGCGCUCUCAAACUCUCAUGGACACAGAAAACACAUCUAUGCUACAAAAUGCUCUACCGCCUUGCGUUGCUUUUAGGUUUUUAUUUGGUUGUCUGAAUGUUUUGCAGUCUUUGUAAUAUUGUCUUUUUUUAUUUGGUUGCUUAUUAAAGUCUUACAGAUAUUUGA